AUUGAUGACACCAAGCAUUCUCUGGCACAAUUAGUUUUAAAUGAAGUUAUGGGUUCGGGAAUGUGCAAAGAAACGAAAUCGUUUGUAUCGUGUAUUUUAGGGGAGCAGAAUUUUGCAACAGGGGAUUUUUUGUUGACGAAUGCUUCUUCAAACAGCUAUACAUGCAAAGCGUCUUUUCUGGUUUCACUUUAUAGCUUAGUUCUUGCGCAAGAUGAAUCUUCCUCAAAAAUGUAUGACACCGACAAUCAACUCAAGCCUUUCUUUAUAAGAUGUUUACUGUUUCCGAGGUGCAUAUCUUCCUGUUUUAUACCAGGGUUUCCGUGCUAUGCCACAGAAAACAAAGCCGAAGGUACACAGUCUUUGUAUAAUUGUUACAUGGGUGUGUGUCAAUGUGGUCACAGAAUACUCUCUGAAGAUAGCGUUUCCAGCAUUACAUGUGGUAUUUGCAGUAGAACAAUUAUAUGUAUGGCAACACCAGCAAAGUCCAAUUUAACUGUGCUGUUAUCACAAGGACAAAACUUAAACUUGGAUGAUAUUCAUGUUUCAAAAUUGAUAAAUCCAGUGACAAGUCAUAUUUUACAGUUGUUGUUAAAAGGUUGUUUUUUAGGUUCAGUGGCACUUGGUUUUACAUCAAAGAACCUUUUAGAAGACAUCUUAAACGUACCAGAGAUUGACAUCGUAGAUACACUUUCACGAGGAGUGGAUACGCAUUGGAAUGUUAUAAAGGAUCUUCUAAAUGUUGAUGACAAUGGCAUAUUAGCGUUUUUACAUACCGUGUUUCUGAAAACAGGCAAUCACCUGUUUGACACCAACUGUAAUUUUUCGAAUAUGGAAGCAACUUUGAAGUGGGAAAGGACCUUUGACAUAAUGCUCAUGUCUAUUUUAGACACACAUUGUGUCAAUGUAAGGAUAUUAUAUCAGCGUCAUAAUAGAAUACAUAACGGAGAGAACAGGUCUAUAACGAUGUGCCUGUUAGAAAGUGACGAUAUUAGUAACCUUACAGCUGAGAGCAAGCUGAUCUGUUCCCCUGUCAUGUAUAGAAUUAGAGCUUGUCCAAGUAAGUCUAAUUUUAUUUAUGAGCUUCACAACGUCCAAGAUAAAUUCCCUUUAAUUGAUGCUGUAAUUGAACAAGAGGAGAAGUUAGAACUUCCGAAACAUAUUCUUAACUUAAUUCAGUGGCAUGCUGCAACUGUCGCCAAUGCUAGCUAUAUGCUUAGACGUCACGACUGCAGCACGAUGACGGUUCAAGACUUUAUAUAUUUCAAACAAGACACGAUGAAGAAAGACGUGAUCAAGCAAAGGUUUGAGGCAUUUAGAAAAUCAUGGGAAUAUCUUAUGUUGAAGCUCAAAGAUGAUAAUUCUUUUGAACAGAUGAAGCGUAUCCACAGCGAAAGUAAGAUAAACGAGUGUUUAAUGUUAAGCAAAAAUUCGUUACCUUUCAAAAUUCUUCAAAAACUCAUUGGAAUACAAAAUGCAUUUUUGGAUAAAAUUCUCCUUCUGUCACGCACCUGCAGCGCACUGAAAGUACUAAGAAAGGAGAAAAUAUAUGCCUUGCCAUGCGUGAAGGUAACAGAAUUGAAGAAAGAGCAUUUAGUGCACUCGGACAUAGAUUGGGACAAUUUGUUACAACAAGAAUCUCAUUCCAAUCUGAAUUACGGCUGUGGAAGACAGAUAAAUUAUGACUUUUAUAGUAUCGAAGAAGCAAUUGCUCUUGAAAUGAUUUUUGGGAAAUGUUAUAUUAUAUUAGAAAACACUUUGCCUGAGAUUGUUUUCAUUGAUGAGUUACAUAAGAAUUAUGGUAAUCUUAUACGAGAACUUAGAAAAAGUGUACCCCAGCGACCUCUUACUUCAGAUAUAAGCAACGGCAUUAAGAGCCGAAAGGCAGAGGAUCCAAGAAUGUCGACGGAACUACUGUCGCACUUAGGAAUUGUUAUGACACUUUUAAAGAAAACUAGCGGUGAUUCGGAUAUUCCUCUUGUCGAAUACGUGGAUAAAUGGAAGUAUAUCCUUUGCAGAGACUUCCCGAAAAAACUGCUUCCAAGUCCCGAAAGCUCUAUGAAAUUGGGCCAUGUUGUUGCACUGAGUGAACUUCUUGAAGAACUUUGUGCAGAUUCUGUCAAGGAGGGUCUUGAUGAUGUUUAUCCUGAUAAGCUAGAUGGGCCUUUGCACGAUCACAUUAUGCUGCAGUUGAAAGAUAAUUUGCUAUCAUCUCUUUUAUUUAAAGCUUUAAAAAGGUUUACCUAUAGAUGUUUGACAUCCAGAAUAGCUGAUCCGAAACAAUCCCUUAGGUUAUACUUGAGCGACGACUCGUUUUGGCCGAUGGAUAUUUUUCAAGACAAUACAUUACUAAUUGAUGGACAACAGCUCAAUAUCACUGAAGUACUUCCAGACGGUUUGAUGGUUAGACAUAUUUUUGAAUGCUUUGAGCUGAUGGAAGCUGAAAUGGAGCGCAAAAAACAGGGACAGCUUAAGAUGAGUGGAUUUGCAACAAGUUUUCAAGCGAAAGCAAAGAUGUCAGCCCCAUCAAAGAAAGAGCAGAAGAAAAAGAGAACGACUAAUAUAAGAAAAUUCUAAAGAACUUUUGAAGAGUGUGAAUAUUACAAGCGUGACAUGCACCAUAUACAAACAAAGAAGACGACUUCUUUUUAUAAUCCGAAAUAAUAUAUUUCAAUGUUUCUGUGAUAAAUGUGUUAUCAAAUUAUCAUAUUCUUCGCAUAAUUGUUUUAAUAUAACUUUCUUAUAAAAUGUGUGCAGUAAGUUAACAAUUAAGUUGAUAAUCGUUUAAUGCCUUUUGUUGCUUCAAGACAAUUUAAAAUUCUAUGUUUAGAACAUACCUACUGAGAUUGGUGAAAGUUGAUAUGACUUUUAAAAGAUGUACUGUUGAAACCAUUCCACACUGGUGUGAGAAGAGACGAUCAACUGCGAAUAAACUGAGAUAUAUACUCAUAUGUAAUAUGUGUGUGCUUUGCCUUGAUUCUGUUAUGGACUCAACAAACUUAUAUUGGUACUGCACGUUUGUAUAAACAUAUAUUCUAUUAGCGUUUCAUUCUUACUGCACUUAUAUGAUAUUUAUCCCAAUGUAUUGACGGUUUAUUUUUUGUACAAUUUUGUUUUAAUAUAUACGUUUUGUUAAUAAAUUGAGUGUGUACCUUUAAUAAUUUAUAUAUUUUCAACAUUCAAAAGUUUUUGAUCUAAGUCGAUGAUUGUAUGAUUAGAAUUUUUAUGAGUUUAUAAAGAUAUUCAAUGUAUUGAUCCAAAAUAGUGUUUCUAUGUCGAGCGGACUCGCUAUUUAAAUUCUAUUUGCACAUACGAGUAUAAAAUAAGAAUUCAUUUGACAAUUUGAGCUGUUUGAACGUGUUACAUUCAAUUUUGAUCUUGUUUUAUAUUAAUUUCUAUUUACGAUAUGUAUAUUUGUCAAUAUUCUAGCGCGUGCGUGCUUUGCCUUCAUGUUCUUGCUUUAUUAUUGUUGAUUAACGAUAUUCAUUAGUUCUGAUGAAUAGCUGAUGCAACAAUGUCUUUGUUGCCGCCUAUUACAUACUGCAAACCCAGAAUUUAGGACAGGUUCUAUUUACUUAUAUCAUUACUAUAAAAAGAAACUUGUAUGAACUUAUUCAGAUAUAAUUACACUUUUGCUGGUGUUUUAUAAUGUUUUGUUCUUACAAAUAGAUCCUGAUGAGGUUAUUCAUAUCUUUAUGAUCAUUAUAUACGAUAACUGUAUAAUCUAUAAAUGUUUAAAAAAGAAAUCUUUUGUUGUACAUAGUUUUCAACAUUUAAGACUACUUUUAAAUAAUUAGUAUCUUGUUUGAUAUGCGUGUUUUUAUGUAUAUAUGUAAUAUAAUUAUUGUGUUGAUAUUGAGAUGUUUGUGUGUUUUAGUUAUCUUUAUUCUUUUCAUCUACAAUCUGUAAAUAUUUUUAGAAUAGUAUUUCAAAUUAGACAUCUUUUGUAUGUGUUGUCAACUGUCCUAGACUAGAAGACUAUACUUGUUCAGUAUGCGUGAUUUUUUAUAUUAUGUUAUUUAUAUUAAUUUCCUGUUGGUUUCUACAUAUGUGAAACAUUAUUGGGUACAAUUACUUAUUGUAUAGAUAUUAAACGUAAGUAGCAACUUGAAGCAUGGACUCUUGCUCAGUAUGUGUGACGGUUGAUUUUAUUAUCGUGUAAAGGUUAAUUUGCUUUAUGAUAAAUAAUGCUAUUUGUUGCUUGUAUAUAGUAUGUUAAGUUUAAUGCUUUCUUCACUUAAAUUGGGACAAUAUGACAUAUAUUCACAUCACGGUUUUAUAUGGUUUAGAUAUGGGGAAGUUAUUUAUACGGGGAUCAGUUAAUGGGACUCUUUUUUGAUAAUUAAUUACCCUUACUGAUUUUAUAAAAGAGUAGCCAUUACUAGCUUCUAGCUACCGCUCCUCGAACGAUCCUGUCUUUACAAAGACAUUUACAAUACCUUGAGGAAUAUACUUAUUAUUUAUCAUACAUCCUUUGUAAUUAUAGUAAACAUGUGUUUAUCAGAUAUUUAGUAUAUUAAGUAUAUUUUAAUUGGACAUCGCUUAAACCUAUAGAGUAGCGUAGUAUGAUGUCAGCAAUUUUUAAUACUUUUUUGUGCAAAGGAGAUAUAACUUAUAUGUUUUAAUGUGUUGUACAUUACAAUUAUGUGAAGAUAUCAUGUUUUGAAAUUUUCUAUGAAACGCUAUAUUAGUUUUAUAAGUAUAUAAACUAAAAAUAUGGUACAAAAUGUAUGUGUGGAAUGUAUUUGACUGUAUAAUUAUCAAAAAUGUCUGUAAAAAUAUUUAGUUUUUUUUAUAUCUGCGUGCUAUACAGUAUUAGUUAUAUUUGUGUGUGCGCUUUAAAUGAUGUAAGAAAACGGAUAUGUACAUUGCAUCAUUGUUGUUUGUGUAAUUACUUUGAUAUUUAUGUUGAGCAAUAAAAGUUAUGCUUGCAUAGAAUCACAUUAUGUAAAAUCACCUAUAUAUGCAUCACUAGCACCUACUUAAUAUGAAGAAUUACUUUUAUACAAUUUAAAAAGAAACUAAUAUUAAUAUAUUUUAUCAAUAUGUUUUUAAAAUCAAAAUUUAUAUGAUUUAAAAUCGUGUUUACAAUGUCAGAGACGAAUCGUAUGAUUGUAAAUACGACCGUAUUAGUAAAAGUCGAAUGUUAUUUGAAUGUUUGAAAGGUGAUUUCUGUUUUUAACAAUAUAUUUUUUCUUUGUUUAUUGUUAUAUAUAUUUAAUGACAAUCUUUGUUAUAUAUUUUUAAUGACAUUUAUAUAUAUUGGCUGUAUCAUUUAUCUUAAUAUUUUAAUUGUAAAAAGCAAGGAAAUGCUUACUUUACUGUAUUGCUCUUUUUGCAUAUUUUUCAACAAAUGAUACUUCUUAUUUUUAUUUUUUUUUGUUGUUUCAUGUACUUUAAUUAUCAAGAGGAUGUAUAUAUUUUUGCUUUCAUAUAAUUUGUUUCAUAAAAAUUAGUUGCAAGAUUCAAUAUAAGUUGUUUGUGAUUUUGUUAAACAUAAGUAGAGGUGUUUAAAAAAGCGAGCUGUGGAAAUCAAUGUUGGUAGUUUAUUUGACUCAAUAGUUUGUACAGAUCAGAUUCAUUUAUUUGUUGUUUUUUUUAUUACUAGUGGAAUGAUUGCAUCCGGUGUUAUUUUAGAUUUUACUUGCAUAUGUUUAACAUUUAUUCAUGCUUCUCAUAAUGUAAAUGAACAUACAAAAAUCGAAAAAAAAACGAAAAAAAAAACUUUCACUCAUUCCAUUUUAAAUGAUUUAUGAGAGGAAGAAUAUUAUUAUUAUGAUUGCUAUAAGUGCUUUUAUGAGCCAAGUGGUGUAAAAAUUUAUUUGUGUUACGCAAUUCUUAUUGAACGACUUGUACAUUAAUUUCUAAUUUUAUAUUAGAAAUAUGUAAUUUGCACAGGUGUUUAAAGUUUGUUUGACAUGAAAGUUAAUUGUUACAAGUUGACUGAAGAUGUUUGGGGUUAACGGCUUUGUGAUAUAUCUUUCUGAAUUAUAUAUGUGUAUAUUAAGUUUUAUAUUGCGGCGUCAUGAUAUUAAUGUCAUGGAUGCAAUUGUUUCUAUGAUUAUUUGCGGGACCAUGCAAUAAUAGUGUAUGGGUGCAUAAUUAGUAUUUUUUCUUUGAAAUGCGGGACCAUGCAAAAACAUAAUAAUGUAUGGGUGCAUAAUUAGUACCUUUUUAUGAAAUGCGGGACCAUGCAAAAACAUAAUAAUGUAUGGGUGCAUAAUAAGUAUCUUUUUAUGAAAUGCGGGACCAUGCAAAAAUAUAAUAAUGUAUGGGUGCAUAAUUAGUAUAUUUUUAUGAAAAGCGGGACCACGCAAAAACAUAAUAAUGUAUAGGUGCAUAAUUAUUAUCUUUUUUUAUGAAAUGCGGGACCAUGCGACAAAAUAAUAAUGUAUGGGUGCAUAAUUAGUUUCUGUUUUUAUGAAAUGCGGGACCAUGCAACAAAAUAAUAAUGUAUGGGUGCAUGAUUAAAAUUUUGUAAUGAAAUGCGGGACCAUGCAACAAAAUAAUAAUGUAUGGGUGCAUAGUUAAAAUCUUGCGGGACCAUAAUAUUUGUAUUAUAUUAUGGGUGCAUGAUCACGAUUAAAUUGUAUAUUAUGUUUAUGCGGUAUCAUGAUAUUGUUUAUAUCAUGGGUGCAAAACUACAUUUAUACAUAUUUUUUAUAUUAUUGCGAUUAUAAACUAAAACCAAAUGUCUUUGGUGCAUAUAAUUAGUAACAUCAGUUUUACAAUGCGGUGUCAUGAUUUAAAUGCCAUGGAUGCAACAUAAAUUGUUUUCAUUAAUAAUAUGUGGGACUGUAAUCACCAUAAUGAUUUAGUACAGGUGCAUGUUUAUAGAUUUAUUAAAAUAAGGUUAUAAAAUGCGGGACCAUAGUAUCAUAUUUUGGGUGCAUGACAAACCAAGUAUUAUAAUUUUAACUUAAUAUUAAGCUAAUGCGGUAUCAUGAUUUAUUUUUUAUCAUGGGUGCAAUAAUAUAUAACUUAUUUUUAAUAUAUGUGGGACCAUAUUUAACUGAAUAUUCAUGAUAUGGGUGCAUAUUAUUAAGAAUAUGAGUUUUUAAAUGCGAUGCCAUGACAAAUUUGUCAUGGAUGCAAAACAAUUAUGAAACUAUAAUUAAUAUAUGUAGGAACAUCCUAAAAGAAUAAUAUUGCAUGGGUGCAUAAUACAUAUUAUUAAAAAUUGUUAUGAAAUGCUAAACCAUAAUAUUCUUGUAAUGCUAUGGAUACAAAAAUGUAAAUAUUUUCAUAAAAGAAGUUUUAAUUUAGAUAAAACAUUUAAGAAGUAAAAUAAAAAGUGUAUCAAAAGUAUCAAAAUAUUAAAUAUUCAAAAUUAUUAACAUUUUGGAUAAAUGUCUUUAGAACAAAGAUGCUCUGUAUUGAAAGAGUAAUAUAAAAAGAUUUGUCAUCAGUUUAUAAAAUAAUAAUAUGAUAUGCCUGUCCAUUAUAUUCGUGCAAUAUAAUUGGUUUAUGACUUUGAAGUUUUUUCUUAAAAAUAGAGACAAUAAUAUCGAGUUAUUAUAUUACGUAAGUAGUGUGAAACAACUCGUUUUCCUUAUAUCACUUAAUUUAGAAGCUGUAGACAGGUUAUUAUCAAACACAACUCAUAUAGUUACAACAGAUACAUUUGAUUUGACAAUUUCGUAUAAAGGUCACUUCAUGAUAUUCUGUUUAAGAUUCAAUUUCAAAUGACUUCUUUUUUUCAAAAAAACAUUCUAAGGAUAUUUUGCAAACUUCUCAUUUAAAAGGAGCUCCACUGAGGUCGAAAAAAACCCAAAACGUAAAUUAUGAAAUUCAUACAUAGAUCAAGUGAACUUGCGAUGGAAAAAUUUGCAAAAUAUAAAGAGGGAAAUAUAUUUAAAAUUAAAUUCAGUAACAAUUUUUAUGCGAUUUAUAGCCAAAUUUGAGUGAAAAGCGUUACAACGCUGUCCAUUUUUGGGUCAUUUUGCACAAUACAUAUGAUAAUUCUCGAAAAACGGGAUGAAAAAUUAUCUGAAAAUUGCACACAGGUUAUUCGUUUACCAUUUUAUUAAAUGGUACAGAAAUCCUGGAAAAAAACUAUUGCUAGCCCCGUCAUGUUAGAAGAACCCUCAGUGGUGUCCCUUUAAAUGCUAAUAAUUUGUCUACAGCCCAGUGCAAUGACAAUCGAGUGACGCAUGACUACAAUGCCUAUUUUGCUUUGAAUUUUGACAGUCAAGUAAAGAUUGUUUAAUUUAUGCUUAGUUUAAUAUAUUUUUUCUUUAGUAUAACAAUGUGAUUUGCUGAGGGAUGAUUUGUCAGUCAGAGUGAAUAGAGGUCAUGCUGAUUAAUUUACAACUAUGAAUGUAACCAGUUGUCGUUGUACGAUAAUUACAAAUUGUAUGUAAAAUAAGAAAAUUAGUUGUUCAUUUUGCUACGUUCUUAUUUUGGUAAAGAUUAUUUUCAAUUAAAUACAGUUUUCAAAUA